AUGCCACGAAGAAUCGAGUUGUUCAUUAAGGGGUUACCCCCACGAGUGAAGGGUUUGGUCACUGCCGCAAACCUCAACAACCUGACCCAGAUCGUUCGUUUGGCGCAUAAAAUCACUGAUCAGGAGGUGGAGAGCGGGGAUCUGCCACCGCGUAUUUCUACUACCACUACUACUACUACCGCUACUACAGCUAUUACCCCUGCCAUAGACAGCAAGCGUAAAGCUAACGUGGUAGCUGAUGCACUCAGCCGCAAAGAGACAAAGCCUAAACGUGUUCGCGCACUACAACUCACUAUUCAUUCCAACCUUCCUGAUAAGAUUCGUACGGCCCAGACUGAGGCAUUGAAAGAAGGGAACAUCGAAGCUGAGGGUUUGCGCGGUAUGGAAAAGCAGCUUGAGCAGAAAUCUGAUGACAUAAGUCAAAAAUGGAAGGAAAUGGUAAUCAAAGGGCCAGGGAAGAAGUACCUGCAACAACAUCCGAUGAAAAUGAGAAUUGUGAAGUCAGGUCUAGUGACGAAGAGGAAAUCAAUCAUGGUGGUUCAUCUUCGAGUUCAUGAAAAUAUAGCCGUUACACACGAGAGCAAUUUCUUCAAAAAGAACCCUCACCCUACCGAGAAAGAAAGGACUGAAAUUGCAAAUAAACUCAAUAUCACUAUCAAUAAGGUCAAAUUUUGGUUCCAGAAUAGAAGAACUCAAUUGAAGAGUCAACAGGAGCGCAGUGAGAAUGUGAUUUUGAAGCAAGAGAACGAGCAACUGAGGCUUGAUAAUUUAGCAACGGCAGAAGUCCUAAAGAACCCGCUUUGCAACAAAUGUGGUGCACAAGCAACAAUACCAGACGGGUCCAUUCACAAACACAAAGUCGUGAUAGAGAACGCACGGUUGAAAGAGGAACUUAGCCACAUGGCUAAUUUCGCCAGUCAUGUCAGUCAAAUGUUUGGUAUACCAUUGCCAAACAAAGUGACAAUUCCUGGUGACCCUUUAAACCCAAUCAUGAGUCGAUCACUUAUGGACUACGACAUACCCAUUCAAAGGAAUGAAUAUCUUGUGCAAGCAUCAAGAGCCAUGGAAGUGCUCUUAAAGCUUGGGAAUGUCAAUGCUCCACUAUGGAAUAGAAACAUAGAAGGUGGAGGAGAAACCCUUAAUUUUGUUGAAUAUGAAAGGGCUUUUCCUCCUUCCCUUGGCACAAAACCACCUGGAUUCAUAUCUGAGGCUACACGGGCUAGGAGCGUGGUACCGAUGACUAGCUCAACCCUUGUAGAAGCAUUACUCAACGCGGAUCAAUGGAGAGAAAUGUUUAUAGGCAUGAUAGGCAGUUGUACUACAAUGGAAGUGAUUUCCAAUGGUACAGGAGGCUCAAGAAAUGGUGCUCUCCAACUUAUGAAGGCCGAAAUUCAACUCAUUUCGCCUUUAGUGCCGGUUCGAGGGCUUAAGUUUAUUCGAUUUGCCAAACAGCAAGCACAGGGGCAAUGGACUGUGGUUAAUUUGUCAAUCGAUUCAAGAAUUGAAGGACACAUGACAAGAAGGUGUCCUUCUGGUUGUAUCCUACAUGACAUGCCAAAUGGUUUCACCAUGGUUACGUGGAUCGAACAUACCGAAUACGAUGAGCAAUCGGUCUCCCACCAGUAUCGUCAGUUAAUCAACUCGGGUGUGGGCUUCAGUGCACAAAGAUGGAUUAGUGCACUUUUGAGACAUUGUGAAAGCAUAACAGCCAUCAUGUCUCCCACCCUCAACCACCACCUGCUUCAAGAUACAAAAAGAAGCUUAAGAGGCCUAGCACAACGCAUGAUGAGUAUCUUUUGUGGUGGGGUUUGUUUAACCGAUGGUCAACAAUGGGAUUUGGUUGCGGAUCAUGCACCGAAAAGACCAAGGAUCAUGGCACACAAUUACAUAAGUGGUUUUGGUGAACCAAUGGGAAUAGUCACUAGUGCAACCUAUUCAGUCUGGAUACCCACAAAUCACCAACACCUGUUUGAUAUGUUGAAAACAAAAGACAGGUGUAUAUGGGAUGUGAUAUGCCAUAGGAUUGCCGCUAGAAACAUGAUCCAUUUACCGUUGGGCCAAGAUGAAACAAGUCCUAACUGCAUCUCCAUUUUAUAUUCCAAUAUGGUAGGAGAGGACAACCGAAGACGAUCAGUGGCUCUCUUGCCAUCAGGGUUAUGUAUAGUCCCAGGAUAUGGUGAAGACGGUGCAGGUGGUGAACGUGGAUCAAUGGUGACUGUGGGGCUCCAACUAUUGCACCCAGAUAUAACUACCUCAAACAUGAUCACAAUGGAAACCAUCAUCAUGAUAAACGAUCUGGUGGCACGAACAGUUCAGGGAAUCAUAGAAAUUGUUUGA